AGGUUCGAACCCUCUUAUUUUGUUGCUGGUCUCCUUCCCUGCCUCUACGCUACAAAUCCAUGAUAAAUGCUAGAUGACGAGGACUCGUUUCCACGAAUGAGAACUAACAGUACAUUGCGCACUAUGAGCAUCAUGAGAGCCACAGGGAGUGAAGUUAGUGUGUUGACCAACAGCCGUCUGGCUCCGUUCAACAAUUUCCUGGAACAGCUGGAAAUGUUCGUCAAGGAAGUUUUAAAGCAAAGGACAAUAACCAAAUCGGACGAAGCGCGCUUCCUUCUCACAGAGUUCUUGGAAGACUGCAUCAGCACUACAUAUCAGUUCACAAAAGAUGCCAAACUGAUUCCAGUUCGGAUCAAAUGGGCCAAAGAGCAAAAAGAAAAACUGUACAAUGCACUGUUGGCAGUCUCAACUGAGAAGCAACACGAGAUCAGAGCCAUCAUCAAGAAGAGCCUCGACGAAUCACAGAACGUGCUAAUCGACACGGCUGAGCGACAUACAUUCACUACGGCUAUAAGCAGCAGCGACGUCAGCCUCAACAGCAAGAGCAUGAGAAACGAGAGAAGGGAGCUAGAAGAAACAUUGAUUCGUAAACUGAACGAAAUCAUUGCGGAGAACCUCGUGGGGUCGGUUCGCAUGCUGCGAGCGACGAUGAUCGAAACGCUUCAGAGAACAGUCCAAUCACUCGAGGAGACAAGUCCCAACAUGGAAGCCAGUCUAGAAUCCUCAACAUCAACAUUAGUGACGGGUUUCUCUGCCAAAAACGCCCUGCAUGAGAUACUUAAUGCAGCUUAUCGGAUCGAAAUCAAUUCGCGCAACACCUUGUCAUUGAGAGCGAUCAUCUUCGAGAAGCUCAAAUUUCUGUUCAGCAACCUCGGAAGCCCCACCGAAGUGAAUGAGGAUUGGCGAAGACGAGUAGCCAACCAGAUCAUAGAAAAAAUAAGCGAAGAAAAACUCUCCAAAGAAGUGUGCUUCCAAUUCAAAGCUAACGUCGAGAGGGCACACAGUGAAUUCUUGACCAGCAUCGACAGCAUUCAAGAGUCUCAGAUACAGAAAAUGGACAUGCAAGCGGAGAAGAGUCGCAAACUGAAAAAGAGCUACUCCCCCAAACUGGCUAGAUUCGUGCUAGAGAGCACGUGUUAUCGCGACUACGCUCUGUAUGGAAUGCCGAGGUACGAACAGGAAAUUGGGCGGGGCCAGUACGGAGUGGUUUACUCGAGUAGAAGGUGGGGUCCCUUCGGACCAUGUGCCAUUAAAAGUGUAGCACCUCCAGAUGAGAAGCACUGGAACAGUCUGGCAAUGGAGUUAUACUACACGCGGUCACUUCCUGAGCACCCCAGGAUUGUGCAGAUCAGAGGUUGUGUGAUUGACAGCACUUACGGCAGUGGAUCCGGGGCAGUGCUGCUAAUCAUGUACAAGAUGCGACGGGAUCUGCACACUGCCAUCAGACAAGGAAUGCCCCUCAUUCCUCGACUGCAGGUGGCUAUUGAUGUGGUAGAGGGACUGCGAUACUUGCACAGCAGGGACCUCGUGCAUAGAGACAUCAAACUGAAGAAUGUUCUGCUUGACGAAAUGGAUAGAGGAAAGAUCACUGAUCUGGGAUUUAGUAAGCCACAGGCCAUGAUGUGCGGCAGUGUCGUUGGAACGCCUAUACAUAUGGCACCAGAAUUGUUCAAAGGAAGCUACGACAGUUCUGUUGACGUAUAUGCUUUCGGAAUUCUGUUUUGGUAUAUUUGCGCGGGCACUGUCAGACUGCCUCAAAACUUUGAGCAGUGCUCCAGCAAAGAGAACUUGUGGUCAUCAGUACAAAAAGGAUGUCGGCCAGAGAAAUUAGGUGCAGUUUUUAACGAACAAAUGUGGCAGCUGAUGACAGACUGUUGGUCCAGCAGUUCAAAUAAUCGUCUCACAUUAGGUGCUAUUCAGGAUCAGCUAUUCAAGAUUAAGAAUCGCGAAGCUAUGGCCAGGGCUAGUCAAGAAAACGCAAUGAACAAAUUGAGUUAGAAAACAAGGACAACUGUAUCAGCUAGAGGCAUAAUUUUGGAAAAUAUUAUAACAACUUUGAUUAUAAAAACCUUUAUCUCACAAUUUGACUAUUAAAACUCAUUAAAUUC